AUGUUUGGUGUGGUUGGCAUUCCAAUAAUUGAAGUCGCAUUUGCUGCUCAACAAUCACAAAUAAAAUAUAUUGGAAUGCACAAUGAACAAGCUGCAUCCUACGCCGCAUCAGCUAUUGGUUAUAUGACAGGAAAACCAGCUGUAUGUUUAACAGUGUCAGGACCUGGUUUUAUUCAUGCUCUUGGUGGUAUGGCAAAUGCUCAAGUUAAUAAAUGGUAA